AUGGCUUCUUCUCUCCUAAAAAUCGCCGAAGUUUGCUUCCCGGAGUUCAAGGAUACGGAAUUACUAUAUUCUAUAACGAAAUCAUUUGAAAAAGGAAAACUCACAAAUCCUCCGUAUUCCUUGAUGGAUGCCACCAUCGAAUGCCUGAUGAAAGAUGCUCUCGAAGAUGAAGAAGUCUUGCAACAAAUCGGAAACAUUCUUCGUAAUUACCCACUACAGCUGUCAAGUCUAUAUUUAUUGCAAGGAAAUCCGGAAAUGUUGAAAAUAGCCUUCGAUUGGAGUUUUUCGAGAGAUAACGGACCACUGUCUAUCGAUAUUCAGAAUUAUACGUGCAUCCUCACUGUUAAAAAAUAUAUAAUUGCUGAAUUUGCGAUAAAACAGGGGUUCGAUUAUCCAAAAGCAAUAGUCUUGUCGGCAGUUCAGAAAGGCUGCAUAAAGCUUCGAGUCUCCGUAACAGAGUGUCCGUCUGAUAACGAAACUAGCCGACAGAAAAUCGAAAGAUUCGUGAGAGAACUCCAGCUAGAGCCAAAGCUAGCGGGCCAACCCUGCACAAUUGAUUGCUACAUACGAAGAGAAUUUCACUUCCAAAGUCUGAGAGGAAGUCAUAUUUAUUUCACGAAAUUCACUGGGAGCGAUGGAAUUUGUAGGCAUGAUGCGAAUAUGUCGCUCAAAGAUUUAUAG